UAUGUCAUCAACAAAACCAUGGAAGCUACAUGGCUAGGCACAUCUCUAUCUCUUCUCUUUCUCUUGUUUUCUUUCAGUGUCUUCCUCCAAAGAAGAACGCAUCCCCGCCUCCCACCAAGCCCGCCUGCUAUUCCAAUUCUUGGUCAUCUCCAUCUCCUCUUGAAACAACCAAUUCAUUGGCAUCUACAGACUCUUUCUCAAAAAUAUGGUCCUAUCUUCUCCCUCCGUUUCGGAUCCCGUCUUCUUGUUAUCAUAUCCUCUCCAUCCACUGUUGAAGAAUGUUUCACCAAGAACGACAUCAUUUUUGCCAACCGCCCUUGCUUCUUGUUCGGCAAGCACAUAGACUACAACUACAGCACUAUUGCUUCAGCACCAUAUGGUGAGCACUGGCGCAAUCUCCGCCGCCUCAGCACUCUGGAAAUCUUCUCUUCAAAUCGCCUUAACAUGUUUCUGGGUAUCCGCAGGGAUGAAAUCAAGCUUCUAUUGAGCCAAUUGUCUCGGAAUUCAAGGGAUCAUUUUGCAAGGGUAGAGUUGAGACCAAUGUUUAUAGAGCUAACAUGUAAUAUUAUAAUGCGAAUGGUUGCAGGAAAGCGGUAUUAUGGGGAAGCAGUGGAUUUCGAGGAAGCCAAGCAUUUUCGGGAAGUAAUGAGAGGGAUUUUCGAAUUGGCUGGGGCAAGGAAUCCUGGAAACUUUUUGCUUUCACUAAGAUGGGUUUAUUUUGGGGGUUAUGAGAAGGAGUUGGUGAAGAUCAAUAGAAUGAAAGAGGUGAUCUUCCAAGGUCUUAUCGACGAGCAUCGAAGUCCUACCGGUCUAGUGAAUAAAAACACUAUGAUCGAUCAUCUGCUUUCAAUGCAGAAAUCAGAACCAGAAUAUUACACAGAUGAAAUCAUUAAAGGACUUGCACUGGACUUAAUUCUUGCUGGAACUGACACUACUGCAACGACAAUAGAAUGGGCCAUGUCCCUUCUACUCAAUCAUCCAGACGUUUUGAAGAAAGCUAGAGUAGAAUUGGAUGCUCUCGUUGGAAAAGAUCGUUUGAUGGAAGAAUCAGAUUUUCCCAAAUUACAAUAUCUUCAAAAUAUCAUUUCUGAAACCUUAAGAUUGUUUCCAGCAGCCCCGCUUCUGGUACCACAUAUGUCUUCAGAAAAUAGCCAAAUAGGAGGCUUUGAUAUACCAAGAGACACAAUAUUAUUGGCCAAUGUAUGGGCGAUUCACAGAGACCCUAAGUUGUGGGAAGAUGCUACAAGUGUCAAGCCAGAGAGGUUUGAAAAUAUUGGAGGAACUGAGACUUACAAGCUACUGCCAUUUGGCUUGGGAAGAAGGGCUUGCCCCGGUGUUGGCUUGGCUAAUCGAGUAGUAGGCUUGGCACUGGGGUCAUUGAUCCAAUGUUAUGAAUGGGAGAGGGUUAGCGAGAAGGAAGUUGACAUGGCUGAAGGGAAAGGACUUACCAUGCCCAAAAUGGAGCCAUUGGAAGCCAUGUGCAAAGCUCGUGCUAUUAUCCGAAAGGUGUUCUAAAACAGUGAAGCGAUGUUUGGUUUUUGUUA